UCAUCAUCAUGGCGACUGCACCACUUCAUUCUUGGUUCAAAUUUUUGCACCGACCAAAAUUGAUGAUUUCCUCAGGAUUUAAAGGACUCCUGACGACAGUUUGUAUUCCAUCGUAGUUCUAAGAUGUCGAGCAAGGCUACCGAUUUGGAUUUUUGACGUAACACGUCGCAGAUUGGUAGAAAAUUUGAGUUUGAAUAUCUAAUUAGGUUGUGUUUUUGGAGCCAUUUUUUUCGGGGAAGGCGGGUUCUUGGCGCGGACGGACAAAGUGCAACAUCUCCCCUCGUUAUCCAACGGAAAACCCGCCAUUCCUGCAGCGCCUGCUGUUUUGGUUGGGAUCGACGGCUGCCUAGCCGUCGUAGCUGAGAUUUCAAACCCUACAAAAAGUCAUGGAGCGGCGGGCGCCCAAACGGCGUAGAAGUCGCAGUGAUGGGAGCGAUACUGACGAUGAGGUGUCUAGAGCUGUCUCCCCAGACAGCCUGCAGGGUCCCAGUAGCAGCACCUCCCAAGCCUCGGGGAGCGUCUGCUCCCUGCCUCUGUCCACCAACGAUCGCGAGCAGGACCCCGUCUCAGAUUCCCAGUUCUCCAAGUUCGGCUCGCCGUCGGAGCGGAGCCUCCACUCCAACAAGCCUGCGGAGAUGUUCCGUAAGGACCUGAUCUCGGCGAUGAAGCUGCCCGACUCGCAGCAGUUGCAGCCCGAGGACUUCCUGGUGAUGACGGACACGUGGAAACAGGAGUGGGAGCGCGGCGUGCAGGUGCCUGUCAACCCUGACAUGUUCCCACACCCCACCAUGAAGGAGAUUGUUCCACGGGAGAAACAAGGCUGCUUUAAGAUGCCUCGAAAGUUGCUGAAACUGUCUGCUCCUGAGAAGGACAGUGAGGGUAGUGUGACCCUGCAGCUGGCUGACAACACGUGUAGGUACGACCUGGACGAUACAGACCUACACUGGCUCACGGUCGUCAACACCGAGAGAGAAGUUACGGGUGAAGCAGCCAUAGAUGAGUACACGAUGGAGCGGGUUAUAGAGGAGCUGGAGAACAAGUGCCACGAGAACAAGCAGCUGACGAUAGAGACAGAGGAGGGGCUGGGGAUAGAGUAUGACGAGGACGUCAUCUGUGAUGUCUGCAGAUCGCCUGACUGUGAGGAGGGGAAUGAGAUGGUAUUUUGUGACAGCUGCAACAUCUGUGUUCACCAGGCGUGCUACGGUAUCCAGAAGAUCCCAGAAGGCAGCUGGGUGUGUAGAACGUGUGCCCUCGGGAUCACACCAACAUGUCUGCUCUGUCCCAAGAAGGGAGGGGCCAUGAAGAGCACAAGAAGUGGAACAAAAUGGUGCCAUGUGAGCUGUGCAUUGUGGGUACCCGAGGUCAGCAUAGGGGUUCCUGAGAAGAUGGAGCCAGUCUGUAAGAUCUCCCAGAUCCCUCCCAGUAGAUGGGACCUGAUUUGCUGCUUGUGUAGAGAGAGAACCGGGGCUCCUAUACAGUGUGUGGUGACCACCUGUAAGGUAGCCUUCCACGUCACCUGUGCAUUCCAAAAUGGUCUGGAGAUGAAGACUGUAUUAGAAGGUCUAGAUGAAGAGGUCAAGUUUAAGUCAUACUGUCCCAAGCACACUAAAAAAAGACAAGGAGUCACAGAUGGGGCGGCUGAGACCACUGUAAGAUCCUCAUCAACUUUGUCACCCAAGAAAAAGACGGAGGAGGAAAAAAGGAAUGAAAGAGCUGACAGACUGGAGAGACUAGAGGAGGAGUUUUACACCCUGGUGACUCCAUCAGAGAUCGCUGCAGCCCUGGAACAGCCGGAGGAUGUGGUAGAUGUGGUGUGCGAGUACUGGAAACUCAAGAGAAAGGCAAACUUUAACCGCCCCCUGGUGAUGCCCAAGACAGAAGAGGCCGACAUGUUGAGUCAGGCUGAGGAGGACAGUCUGUACCGCAGACUCAAGAUGUUCAUGCACCUCAGGCAGGAUCUGGAGAGGGUACGGAACCUGUGCUACAUGGUCGGCAAACGGGAGAAGUUAAAGAGGCAGCAGUGUCGGGUUGCUGAGGAGGUAUUCUACAAGACUCUUAAAGUGGUAGAAGAAGAGUGGGAAGACUUGGACAUCAGCACUCUCCCUCUCCGCGACCCUAAACCAGAAAUCGAACCACAUUCCACAGAAGACACCAUGGAGGAGGAGGAAGAGGAAGAGGCAUCAAAUUCACAGGAAAGUCCCUCGCUGGAUGAGCAGAAAGACUCAGAAAGCCCACGAAAUGGGCUGAGCAUUCAGAUGGAGCUGUUACGAGGCAGUGGCGACAAGGGGAAGCACAAAUACAGCUCCAAACACCGAUCACGGGACCGGGCAAACGGACGCUUCCUCCCGCAGCACGAAGUGACGAAAAGGAAGCUCGACGAAUACAUUGCUUCGAUAGACACAACUCCCAAGAAGAGCAGGAGUCCAAACCAUUCCUCAUCACCUACUAACGUCUCAGGGCACCAAGAAGGGAGAAGGACAUCUCCCAACAUUAAAGAAAAGUCACGGUCACCUCCAGUCAAAUCUUCGAGAUCCCCCUCAAGAAGGACAUCUCCAAAAUACAAGAACGACACGCGGUCGUCUCCGCAAAGUAGGGAGUCCUCUAGAUUUUCCUCCUUGGCGAGAGAAGUGAAAAGAUCGCCCAAUGCUCUGGAGAGACGAACCUCUCCCAGAACUUCACCGAAAGUGAAAGAAAGUAGUAAGUCCCCCAAGUCGGACGCGCUGUCGCCGUCCCACCACAGGAGUUCCAGAAACGAGGACGGGAAGAGGUCGUACAAGGAAUCGGCACCGAGAAUAAGCCUAAGUAACCUCAGUGGGUACAGAAUCCCCAAGAAAACUAGCCCUAAUGCAGUAAAUCAGUCCAAAAUUGAGCAAAAGCCGGUGAAGUCGCCCUUGCAGUCGCAGUCCCCCCUGAAGGAUCGGCAGGAGCGCCCGAUGAGGUUCGGUGACCGAGGUCGGGACGGUUACCGCCGGCUCCCCCUCAGCACCUCUCCCACCCAGCUAUCCAAGAAGAGGAUGGACCACCACUUUAACCAAACGAGCGGCUCCCAUCUCCAGUAUGACAACGUUGACGGGGAGGUGAGUUUGCGUAGGAGCACCAGUCCAGCCGGUAGUAACGAAUCGGGGCCCACGCCCCAGAAAUACCCCACGGUCGUCAUCGACUCAGACUCCGACAACGAAAUUGACGUCGAGCAUAAUUCGGACUCGGAGUCAACGACAGGACUCUCCCACGCUAACCGCCUCUCCAGGUACGGUCAGAACCUGCCGCAUCGGUCGCCCAAUAGAAGCCUUCACAAUUCUCCAGGGAUGAGAAACUCGCCACAGGCAAGACUUCAGGGCUCUCCCCUAAGUCGAGGGUCUCCCAAUGCUAGGUUAAACAAUCCUCCCGUCGGCCUCUCCAAACCAAAAAGCAUCAAGAAUCGAAUAACUGAUGCCGUGUCUCGCUUCUGGAACUCUGGAAGCUAACGCUGGUGGUUUGUGUUAUUAAAAGUUUUUAGGAAAGUGUAGCUUACUAAAUUCCCCAAUCAGAACAACUGUGUUUGGUUCAAGAAAUUUAGCUGCUUAUAGAAACAUUAUAACUCAGAAGAUAGUGCCGGUAUGAUUGCUUGCUGAUUUCUUGGGUUCUAUGAAAGAUGAUAACUUUUAAAACAAGUUGCAGGGAUGUUUAUGGUACAUGUAUUACUGCAGAUAAACAUCUUUUUCAACAAUGAAGCGUUACUUGAUAUGAAAAAUUAAUUCCUUUACUAGACUGACUUCUCAACUUUCUUUUCAAUUUCUAAAUUUUAGCAUAAAUGAAUCUUUUCUCUUUAGCGUAAAUUUCUUUUGCAAAUAGAAAAUGUGACCCCUACAUAUGUCAAAAUCUCACCUUGAUGUUGAGUAUAUUUAUGUUACUGCCAUGACUUGUACUUCAUACCAUUCUUCAUUGUACCUGUCUUAUGAAAGCUGCUUAUGUAUAUGGUUUAAGUCAUGGGAUCAACUAGUAUUAAAGAUCAUUUGACUAUAUUUAUCUUUUAAAACCAUAUUGAAGCACCUGUUCUUUCCAUUGUCAAGUCUCAAAACUUGUUUUUUGGAACUAGAAACAUCUGUUUUCUAUAUAAUGUGUUGUGGCAUGGACCACAAUAUUACUACACUGUUGAAAAACAGCCUACUGCCAUGACUUACAAAUGAUCAAAGUUUAAUCUAUCAUUUCCACCCAUAUUAUUGUGUUCAUAUUGUCUUCAGCCACCAUGCUUAACAUAUAUAAAAGAGCCCUGUUGUCAUAUUCAAAGCAUUUACAUGUAUUCUAAAACUUCUAUCAUUCAUAGCUGUUCAGAAAUGUCAAAAUUGUUGAUAUGCUACUAAAUGUAUGGAAAAAAUAAUGAAUCAUUAAUUUCUUUUCAUGAUUUCCUAAUGCAUAUUUUUGUAGCUGUGUUAAAUAUGUAAAAGAUGUGUACAGUGUAUAGUCCCAAGAGAGAUGUAAUGAAUGGAAAAACAUGGGACACUUGGUCAUGACGUUGUAUGUGUCACUCAGUGUUAAUGUCAGAUACAGGUUAGAGAUGCAAAUUUCUAGCAAUAAACAAUUGGUCACUAUGG